CCCUCCCGCUUUCCCUCUUCCCGACCCCUCCUCCUCCCAACUCCCUCCUGGCGCCGCUAAGUUUCUUCGCUUACGACCGCGCGCUGAGCUGGGGCCGGGCCGGAGCUGCACCCCCGCUGCCCUGUCCCCGCGCACAGACCUCGGGCCCGGCCCCGGCCCUCGGAACCAUGCUGUGCGGCCGCUGGAGGAGUUGCCGCCGCCGCCGGCGUGAGGAGCCUCCGAUGCCGGCCCAGGUCGCAGCUGCCGUCGCGCUCCUGCCGCAGCCCGCACCCCAGGACGCCGGCAGCAAGAGGCCUGGCUUGCGGGCGCUGAAGAAGUUGGGCCUGACUGAGGAUGAGGACGUUCGAGCCAUGCUGCGGGGCUCCCGGCUCUGCAAGAUCCGCUCGAGGACAUGGCAGAAGGAGCGACUGUACCGGCUGCAAGAGGACGGCCUGAGCGUGUGGUUCCAGCGGAAAAUCCCGCGCGCACCGUCGCAGCACAUCUUCUUCGUGCAGCACAUUGAGGCCGUCCGCGAGGGCCACCAGUCCGAGGGCCUGCGGCGCUUCGGCGGUGCCUUCGCGCCUGCGCGCUGCCUCACCAUCGCCUUCAAGGGCCGCCGCAAGAACCUGGACCUGGUGGCGCCCACCGCGGAGGAAGCUCAGCAAUGGGUUCGCGGACUGGCCAAGCUGCGCACGCGCCUCGACGCCAUGAGCCAGCGCGAGCGCCUCGACCACUGGAUCCACUGCUAUUUGCACCGGGCAGACUCCAACCAGGACAGUAAGAUGAGCUUCAAAGAGAUCAAGAGUCUGCUCAGAAUGGUCAACGUGGACAUGAAUGACAUGUACGCCUACCGCCUCUUCAAGGAGUGUGAUCACUCCAACAAUGAGCGGCUGGAAGGGACUGAGAUUGAGGAGUUUCUGCGGCGGCUGCUGAAACGCCCUGAGUUGGAGGAGAUCUUUCAUCGGUACUCAGGCGAGGACCGCGUGCUAAGUGCCCCUGAGCUGCUGGAGUUCCUGGAGGACCAGGGCGAGGACGGAGCCACGCUGGCCCGUGCCCAGCAGCUCAUCCAGAACUAUGAGCUCAACGAGACAGCCAAGCAGCAUGAGCUGAUGACACUGGAUGGCUUCAUGAUGUACUUGUUGUCGCCCGAUGGGGCUGCCCUGGACCCGGCCCACACGUGUGUGUUCCAGGACAUGGACCAGCCCCUUGCCCACUACUUCAUCUCCUCCUCCCACAACACCUACCUGACCGACUCUCAGAUCGGGGGCCCCAGCAGCACCGAGGCCUACGUUAGGGCCUUUGCCCAAGGAUGCCGCUGCGUGGAGCUGGACUGCUGGGAGGGGCCAGGAGGGGAACCCAUCAUUUACCACGGCCACACGCUCACCUCCAAGAUCCUCUUCCGAGACGUGAUCCAGGCUGUGCGCGACCAUGCCUUCACGGUGUCCCCGUACCCUGUCAUCCUAUCCCUCGAGAACCACUGUGGGCUGGAGCAGCAGGCUGCCAUGGCCCGCCACCUUUGCACCAUCCUAGGGGACAUGCUGGUGACGCAGGCACUGGACUCCCCAAACCCCGAAGAGCUGCCAUCCCCAGAGCAGCUGAAGGGCCGGGUCCUGGUGAAGGGGAAGAAGCUGCCAGCUGCUCGGAGUGAAGAUGGUCGAAUUCUCUCAGACCGGGAGGAGGAGGAAGAGGAAGAAGAAGAAGAGGGAGUGGAGGCUGCAGAGCAGAGGCGGUGGGCCAAGCAGAUCUCCCCGGAACUGUCAGCCCUGGUCGUGUACUGCUGUGCCACCCGCCUACGGACCCUGCGCCCUGCCCCUGUCCCGCCCCAGCCCUGCCAGGUCAGCUCCCUCAGCGAGCGCAAAGCCAAGAAGUUCAUCCGAGAGGCAGGAAACAGCUUCAUCAGGCACAAUGCUCAUCAGCUGACCCGCGUCUACCCACUGGGGCUACGGAUGACCUCAGCCAACUACAGCCCCCAGGAGAUGUGGAACUCAGGCUGUCAGCUGGUGGCCCUGAACUUCCAGACGCCUGGCUAUGAGAUGGAUCUCAAUGCAGGGCGCUUCCUCAUCAAUGGACAAUGUGGCUACGUCCUGAAACCUGCCUGCCUGCGGGAGCCCGACACAAACUUUGACCCUGAGUGCCCUGGACCCCCCAAAACUACUCUCACCAUCCAGGUGCUGACUGCACAGCAGCUGCCCAAGCUGAACGCUGAGAAGCCAAACUCCAUCGUGGACCCCCUGGUGCGUGUUGAGAUCCACGGGGUGCCCGCAGACUGUGCUCGAAAGGAGACCAACUACGUGCUCAACAACGGCUUCAACCCCCGCUGGGGGCAGACCCUGCAGUUCCAGUUGCGGGCUCCAGAGCUGGUGCUGGUCCGGUUUGUGGUAGAAGAUUAUGACACCACCUCCCCCAAUGACUUUGUGGGCCAGUUUACACUGCCUCUCAACAGCCUGAAGCAAGGGUACCGUCACAUCCACCUGCUGUCCAAGGAUGGGGCCUCACUGUCACCAGCCACGCUCUUUGUCCAUAUCCGCAUCCAGAGCUCCUGAGGGCCUCUGCAGGUGCUAGUCUGCAUCAUCCCGUGGCAGACUCUCUCCGCCUUUGGGGUGGAGGGGCGGCGUGAGUACCAGCCCGUCUAGCCUGUCCAGCCUGCCCACGUUUCAGGCUCAGGCUCUGGUCUCAACUGGGUGCUGAGGGUUGCCUCGGCCCCUUCUGAAGAACAGGUGGUCGAUCUUUUCCCUGCAACCCUGAGACCUUGAGAUGGCACCAGCUCGAGUCCUCUGCUCACCCUCGUCGUGGCUUACGAAGAGCCAUGCCUGCUGCUGCCAGGAGACCUGGGGAGCAGGACUCCUGAGCCCUCAGCCCCUCUGCCCCCUGAAAGAAGUCCAGCCACCCCCAGGCAUUGGCCACCCCCUAAGGCCCUCUUCUCCCUCAGGUUCUCCCUGGGCCCCUCCCUCCAGCUCUAGAACCUGAGCUCCCUUCCCCUGUUAAAGAAAGAAGAGCUGGGGCUGGGAGCCCUGGGGACACCAGAAGUAGGUUUUUAGCUCGUGUCAUAGAAGAGCCCUGGAGAGGACACUAGAACAAGACUAUUUUAAAAAAUAAAGCAGCAAGUUUAUUUUACCACA